AUGUCAACCACCACCUGCCUCCAGCUCGAAGAGCUGCAUGAUAAGCCGUCAACCUUUCAUCGCUAUAUCUUUUCAGAGACUCGGUCUCGGCCACUGCUUUCUAAUAAAGAGAAGAUCGAGGAACGGAUAUCAACACUCAAUACACCUUUGGAAGCAAAACAGAGAGUUUUGCUUCUCAAGGCAGCCCGAGAACAAUAUACUCUGGUAGAUGACCACCACGUUCCUUCUAUCCUUCAUCCAGGAGAGGUUCUUGUUAAGGUUUUGGCGAUCGGCCUGAAUCCGAUCGACUGGAAAGGACCAGCAUACAACUUUGGAAUCCCCAGUCUUCCAUGGAUCAACGGACGGGACUUAGCAGGACUUGUGUUGCAAGUUCCCAACGAGUCUUCCCGCCUUCGUGUAGGCGAUAUCGUUCUCGUGCCAUCUACAGAUUACCGUGACAUUCGAAAAGCAGCAUUCCAAGAAUAUGCCAUCGCUACCGAUUUUAACGCUGCACGAAUUCCAUCCACCACCUCCAUACACGCAUCAGCAUCCCUUGGUGUCGCUUUUGUUGCUGCUGUAUUAGCCCUGGGCGUUUCGUUUGGACUAGACUUCUCCCGUCUUACUAAAUCACCGGGGCCCAAUCUGGUCAACGUCGUCAACGAACUUAAUAAGAAAGAUAUCCCUGCCGAUAUCCUUGAUGAAGUUUUCGCUACUUCUGAUGAAUCGGAGAGGCCCCAGCGAGGUGAUUGGAUUGUUAUCUGGGGAGCAUCUACAACCACCGGACUAGUGACUCUUAAUUUAGCAAAGCUAGCAGGCCUGCGCGUGAUCUGCGUAGCAGAUAUUGCACGACACGGCGCCAAGCUCGUGGAAUCCGGGGCCGAUCUGCUAGUUGAUCGACACGACACAGAUCGGGCUGUGGAAAUUAUUCGUGGAGUCACUGGUGGUAAGCUACGAUAUGCUAUUGAUAUAGUUGGCACAGAGACAGCCACAAUACUCGAGAAGACUCUGGAUCCUUCGGGAGGGGCCCACCUGUUGGGACUUACUGGUCUACCCAAGGAGCGAAACCCUGCGAUCAAAUACCAUACCGUGCCCAUCAAGCUUUUCCACACUGCACCAGCUGUGGGUGAGAGCAUGGUCACCUGGCUAGAGAGCUUACUGCAGACGGGCACCUUGACUUUGCCGGAUAUCAUUCGGGCAGAGGGUGGAUUGGAAGGUAUCAAUGCUGCACUAGACGUUCUCCGAAGUGGAUCUGCUUCUGGAAAGCGCAUUGUUGUUGAUCUGGGCUCCAAGGAAUCUCACCCCUGA